UCGAUUGUUCAAAAUGAGCGGUAACACGAUAACUUCAUUUUAUCUAUACAAGUAGACAUUCCAGUGGUUAAGACAUGUUUUGACAUAUAAGAUAUAUUAGAUGUAUAUAGGAAUCUAAAUUAGAUCUAUUUUGUGUAUUAACAAUAUCCAAGUGAACAGGAUAAAUCACAGAUAUCCUUAUGGCUGUCCCGGGUAAAAAGGCAUCUCGGAAAUCUUCAUCCAUACUAUCUCAAGGCUGUGCUGAAGAUUUCGACAUUUUCUGUGAAAUAUGUGAUAGAUAUGAUAUCAGGAUUCCUGCCUUUGGUCACUGUGUAGAUUGUGAGGCACACCUUUGCCGUACCUGCUCUAAUAAUCAUUUGCAACUCAAACCAUCCCACCAUCACCAACUUCUAGACAACGAACACAUGCCACAAAAGCAAACCAUGCAUAAAUCAUCAAAGUCUGCUCCCAGGACACUGACCGAUGGUCUUACAAAGCCUUGUACUAAACACAGCAAGGAAGUGAUCAAAUUUUACUGCCAUGACCAUAAUGCUCUUAUAUGUAAUGUUUGUGUGACCCUUGAACACACACCAACGUCCUGUCGUGUGGACUACAUACCAGAAAUAUCAGGGCAGAUUUUAGACAGCACCGAGUUCAAUGAAACUCUGAGAGGUAUUAACACAUUGACAGACAAAUGCUUCCUGAUAACUGAAGAUCUGCAUCAAAGAUGUGAGGAAUCAACGACUUCACUAUUAUAUGCUUUCGAAGAAAUAGUAGAAUUCAGAAAAGAGAGAAAAGAUAGAUUACGCGAAUUAGAAAAGAAUGUUUUUGAUGCUGCAAAAAAAAUCCAAUCCGACAACAAUGAAAAGUUGAAAACAACAGAAACAACAUGUGGCGACAUCAACAAAUCACUCCAAGCAUCAGCUGAUUCUCUUAAACAUCUCAAUUCACACAAGAAAACUGACCAACUGUUUGUUGAACUUAAGAUAGCCCAGCAACUGAUUAAAACUAGCGAGAAAAGAACAUCAGAACUACCAACAGUUGACGAAUACAUCUUUGAACGAAAUAAAGCUAUUGAAAAUGUCCUUCAAGACGAGAAAUCAAUAGGAAUAUUGAGCAAUAUGAAACUGGAGCAGCCAGCCCAACCAAAGAAUCAAGUUGCAGUCGCAAUCAAAAUGUCUACUCCUAGAAAUAUCAAUGCUAAAACAUCCUUAGAUAAAAGUAAUUGCUACAUAACUGGUUUGACUGUUUCUUCUUCAAACAAAAUAUUUGCAGCGGAUAGGAAAAAUAAGUCAAUUAAAAUGAUAAACAUUAGAAGUGGGGAUAUCAAACAAGUACAGCUUGACUCGGCACCCUUUGAUGUCACCCUAGUCACAAGCGAUUCACUUUGCUGUUACAUUACCCACAGGUUUUUAAAACCCAAACCCCGUUCAUUUCAUUCUCCCCGACUCAUUUACGAAGAACAACUAAAGAAAUCAAUAAUAGCAAGCCAUGACUGUAAAUUCAUGAAAACUAUACUUGAGGAUUUAGAUGAUCCUUUUGCUGUAUGUUGGUGUGCUGUAACCCGUACACUUUGUGUUAGUAGAUUCACCGUACUUGAAGAGGGGAACAAUAAUAUAAAAAUAUAUAAUGAUGUAAAACUACGAGAUGGCAAUUGA